AGUUAAUCCGCGACCGUUGAGGAUUUACCACUCUUGAGUGGUAGCGCGAGUUCCAGAAAUUUGAUCAAGUCUUCGCAAAGACGUGAUUUAGUGGUGUUAAAUGGUCUUCAGGGAAUUAUUUCUUCCAAUUUGUGGUAAUGGUGCAUUAGAUUUGUAAGAAUUCUCCGUGAUUGAAUUAUUUUGCUGGAUUGUACCCAAGUUGAAUUGUGUCAUAAAAACGCAUAGCUCAUUAGCAUCUCUUGCCUUUUGGGUGGAAAAGAUAAGCAAAAUUUAGCGGUUAAAUAAGUAAAAGACGAUACUCAAUUGGAAUUUCAAUUGAUUCUCGACUCAUUUAGUGAAGAAUGCAAUUGAGGAUGUGGCUCGUGAGUUGGUUGCUGAUUGUGCUUUAUGGCACGGAAUUGGUGUCAUCACAUGGCAGACUGAUGGAUCCUCCAGCCAGGAAUGCCAUGUGGCGCUUCGGCUACCCCAAUCCCGUCAACUACAACGACAAUGAGCUCUUCUGUGGCGGCUACGCGGUUCAGUGGGAGCAGAAUGGGGGCAGAUGUGGUCUGUGUGGAGAUGCAUAUCACCUGACCACUCCACGGCCCCAUGAAGCUGGUGGGGAAUAUGCAAAGGGCAUAAUCUCGCGGUAUUACACGCAGGGACAGGAGAUUGAGGUGGAAGUUGAACUCACGGCCAAUCAUUAUGGACGCUUUGAGAUGUUUCUCUGUCCCAAUAAUAACCCUAAUCUCGAAGCUACGCAGGAAUGUUUCGAUCGAUACCCACUAUUUAUCUCAGGUACACGUGAAGUGCGCUACUUGAUACCUCAGGAGGCAAAGAAGAAGGGCGUCUUCCGCUAUCGCGUGCGUCUUCCUCCGUAUGUCACCUGCAAUCAGUGCGUCCUCCAGUGGACUUACUACACUGCCAACAUGUGGGGAACAUGCUCCAACGGCACGGAGGCUGUUGGCUGUGGAAAAGCUGAGACAUUCCGCAAUUGUGCAGACAUUGCCAUCACUUCCAACACAGGAGCUCUCCCGCCUUUCUUCACCGAGAAUGCAAAUCCCUUCCUGCUCUACUACAGAGAUUUCCGUGCUCCAGCACCCAACAAUAUCUUCCCCCUCAUUGUCAGAGAUCAAGUUUGUGUUCCAUCUCCACUGUACAGGAGUGUUCCUGGCAUGGAUGAAUGGUGCCAGAUAAAUUGUCUCCGAUACCCUCCCAACUGCCCAGAAACCAUUUGCCAUUGCCCACAAACCUGCGAAGCCAUUGGAGAGAUCGAAGGAAAGGAGGGAGCAGAUGUCUACUGCCUGGACGAAUGCAUCAAUUAUCCUUCAAAGUGCCCAGCAAACAGAUGUCGAUGCUACUGAAACCACUGAGCAUUUGUACAAAAAAAAAUUUACUCAAACAUUUUCUUCACAAAAUUCUUAAAAACUAAAAAUACAAAAAAUACAGAAAUUAUCAGCAACAAAUUGGGAAAAUAAAAUGCUGCUGCUAAAUGCUA